AGUGAACCGAGAAGACUCUGAUGCAAGAUACUCGCACCCGUAGUCGAUGCUUUCAAAGAUGAUCAGACGAUAUUGAUCCCUGGCAAUAGCACUCUCAUUGAGCUUUCGUUAUGAACGGCAUUCCGCACUCGCAGUUGGCACCUCUGCCUUCCCAGGCGCCCUUUCGAAUAGUCUCACCCACAAUCGGCUCAGGAGCAUAUGCAUGCAUCAAAAAAGCCGCUCCUCUCCAGACCGACAACCCUGUCUUUGCUGUCAAGUUCAUCAAUAAACUCUUCGCACAGAAAUAUGGCCGAAUCAAACAAAAACAGUUGGAGAUGGAGAUCUCUCUACACAAACAUCUUGGUCUGCAUAAAAACAUAGUCGAGUUCUUCGAUCAUGGCGCUGAUCAGGACUGGGUCUGGAUAGCCAUGGAACUGGCAGAAGGUGGAGAUUUAUUCGACAAGAUCGAAGCAGAUGCUGGAGUACCACAAGAUAUCGCUCAUGUCUAUUUCACUCAGUUGAUCAGUGCAAUUGGCUAUAUGCACGCCAAAGGCGUAGCACACAGGGAUAUCAAGCCGGAAAAUGUGCUCCUGUCUGCAGAGGGUGACCUCAAGAUAGCAGAUUUCGGAAUGGCAACAUUAUUCGAGUAUGCUGGCCGAAGGAAACUCGCAACCACUCUCUGCGGAAGUCCACCCUAUGUCGCUCCCGAAGUCCUGUGCUGUAGUACACAAUCAGGGACCAAAGGAACGGGCUAUGCAGCAGACAUGGCUGAUAUUUGGUCUUGUGGAGUCGUCCUUUUUGUUUUGCUGGCAGGAAAUACACCUUGGAGCCGACCUGUUGAAGGGCGAGACGAGUAUGGCAGACAAAAUGAAUACAGUGAAUACAUCUCAAGCAACGGGCGACCAAAGGAUGAGCUAUGGGAUACCCUUCCUUCCGAGGUGCUCUCACUUCUUCGGGGAAUGAUGCGGGUAGAUGUCAAAUCGAGGUUCUCGCUUGAAGACGUCCGGAGACACCCUUGGUUCACAAGACCAAACAAAUUCAUGGACCAAAAGGGCAAACUCAGCGAUCCCAUUACCAUGGCCACCAAUAUGUUUGAAGCACUACAUGUCAGUUUCGAUGCAGAUCCCUUUGCCAGUACCCAGCGACAUGUAUCGGCGGAUGACAUGGAUAUCGAUGGACCUGCGGCUAAGCUGGCGUCAACGCAGCCUGAGAUACCGAGUGAGGAUAUGCUGUUCGACUGGAAACGACCGACGGAUUUGGCGGGUUCCAACACCCAAAUUGCAUCCAGGGUGGGUGGUUUCGCAACACAGUCGAUAUCAACAACGAACUUUUUGUUCGAUGAACCAGCAACUCAGCAGUUUUCACAAAAGCCGAGCGUACCAUUAAGCAGAACGCAGAUGGCGCGCAAAUUCGGCGAUAUCCUACCGGCCCAUGGCUUGACCAAGUUCUAUUCCACUUGGGCACUGCACCUGCUGUUCCCCUAUAUGCUGGAGGCUUUGAGUCGGCUGGGAGUGCCAACGCCGAAUACACCUCGGCCUACUGCUCAGGAGUCCGAAUGCAGGAUCAAAGUGAAAACGCAAGACAGUCGGGGGUGUCCUCUACGUGGGGAAAUUGCAAUUGAACUUGUCGAUGACGGACUGGUAGAGGUGUGUUUUGUCAAGGCAUCAGGAGAUCCACUGGAAUGGCGGAGAUUCUUCAAACGAAUGGCUGUUUUAUGUCAGGACGCGGUGUUCAGGCCGGAGGUUUAGAGUAUUGAAAAGCGGUAUUGGAGAUUGCGAACGGAAAGAGCAAUAUAGAUACCCCUUGUCAUAUAUGUACGGUCUACUAAAAGAAUGCCCAAAAGAUUUGUGGGAUAGAGAAAGCCCAAUCUGGAGAAAUGAGGCUAUAC